AUGCACCGGAGCCAUGGGGGCGGGCAGCCCCGGGGCCCUGGCCGCCGCGCCCCGGCCGGCGCCCAGGCGGGCAAGGCGGUUUAUAUAGGGAGCCCCGCGCUCGCCCGGCGCAUGGAGCCGCAGCCUCCCUCUCCCGCUCUCUCCAUCAAGGUGAUGCCGCCGGAGCCGCUGCCCAAAGGGAGCUCCCGCUGUCUCGAUCCGCACUCCCGAGCCAUGUCGCAGCCCGACGGGGAGCCUCUGCCUGGAGCCCUGGAGAAGGAGGACGCCCGCUCAGCGCCCAGCACCCCUUCCACGCCGUCCGUCUGCUCCCCGCCAUCCUCCUCCUCCUCCACGCCGUCGGCCGGCAAAAACGUCUGCUCCAGCUGCGGGCUGGAGAUCCUCGACCGGUACCUGCUGAAGGUGAACAACCUCAUCUGGCACGUCCGGUGCCUGGAGUGCUCCGUGUGCCGCACUUCGCUGCGCCAGCAGCACAGCUGCUACAUCAAGAACAAGGAGAUCUUCUGCAAGAUGGACUACUUCAGCCGGUUCGGUACGAAGUGUGCCCGCUGUGGCAGGCAGAUCUACGCCAGUGACUGGGUGCGGCGGGCACGGGGCAAUGCCUACCACCUGGCCUGCUUCGCCUGCUUCUCCUGCAAGCGGCAGCUCUCCACCGGUGAGGAGUUCGGCCUGGUGGAGGAGAAGGUGCUGUGCCGGAUCCACUACGACACCAUGAUAGAGAACCUCAAGCGAGCGGCGGAGAACGGCAACGGGAUCACGCUGGAGGGGGCUGUGCCCUCGGAGCAGGACAGCCAGCCGAAGCCAGCCAAGAGAGCCCGCACCUCCUUCACCGCCGAGCAGCUGCAGGUCAUGCAGGCACAGUUUGCUCAGGACAACAACCCCGACGCACAAACGCUUCAGAAGCUGGCGGACAUGACGGGGCUGAGCCGGAGAGUCAUUCAGGUUUGGUUUCAAAACUGCAGAGCCCGCCAUAAAAAACACACCCCGCAGCACACGGUGCCGCCCUCGGGAGCGCCCCCGUCCCGCAUCCCCUCCUCGCUGUCCGAUGACAUUCACUACUCGCCCUUCAGCAGCCCGGAGCGGGCCCGCAUGGUGACACUGCACGGAUACAUCGAGAGUCAGGUACAGUGUGGACAAGUGCACUGUAGACUUCCCUACACAGCUCCACCAGUGCACCUCAAAGCAGACAUGGAAGGACCACUAUCUAAUAGGGGUGAGAAGGUCAUCCUCUUUCAGUACUGA